AUGCCGCAGCAGAGGGGGGCCCUCUUCUACACUCCGGCUCAGAAAUCACCAUCAGGCACCACAACGGGCGUCAAAGAUGGCACAGAGAUGCCGAAGCUCUUUACACCUCUUACCGUCCGGGAUGUAACCUUCCAAAGCCGGAUCUCCCUGGCCCCCUUGUGUCAGUACUCUGCCAAGGACGGCUACGCCACAGACUUGCAUCUUGCUCAUUUGGGUGGUAUCGUCCAGCAAGGCCAGGGCUUAGCUUUUAUGGAGUCAACUGUGGUCCAGAAAGAAGACCGCAUCACACCUCAGGAUAUUGAGCCAGAAGAUUGGCAUACAGCUAGCCACGACAGAAGAAAGUCGAGCACCGUGGCAUCGUUCCUCCACAAGAACGCAAUAGCUACACUAGAAGUUGGAGGAUGGCCUGAUGAGGUGCAUGCCCUUUCUACUCUCCACUGCAGCGACAAGUGCCCCCAGCCCAAAGAAUUGACCCUGGACCAAAUCGAUGCCUUUCGAGUCGCCUUUUUCGAUGCGACAAAGCGAGCUGUCAAGGCUGGUUUCGACGUUGUUGAAAUUCACGCUGCUCACGGGUAUCUCACCCAUCAGUUCCUCAGUCCAAUCAGCAGCUAG